AUGAAUGGUCGUCUAAGGUCUAGCGUUGACGAGCGUCUAGCAACAGCACAGGGUCCCGGCGUGCCAUUGACGCAGCCGCUUCGCAUUCAGAAACAUACCCAAGCAACGCAGCCAAUACAGACUCCCCUGCAAGCACAACCAGCACCAACAUCCCUGCCAAUACAGCCGAUUCAACCGGCAUUGGAGCGAUUAAAUCCAACAAGCCGCCUCGAAUCACCUGCUGGUCACUCUGGCUAUUCUUCAUCUUCCAACUAUCCUUCCCCAUCUCCUGGGCCAUACGAUGACAGCAGCCGUCCGGAAUUGUCAGCACAAGGAGCUGCUCGCUUCGGCUGUGUCAGUCCCAAUACGGUUCCAGGAGCGCCGCAUCGAACAUUCUCAGAUCUAACUGUGCCCAUGUCUUCCGAUUCCUCCGGACAAGGGUCGAUUCGAUUUGGUGCCGUCAGCCCCAAGACGGUGGAGCCACCACAACAUCAGACCUUCAACGACCUGUCUUCUAAUGACCCUCAACCUAGAGCGAUUCACCAUACCAACGACACUUUCGGACGUACCAGUGGCAAAAGUGCACUGAGCGACAGUCACAGCACCUCCGCCUCUCGACGAACGGCAAGCCCCGCCGAGAAAAGCGCGUUCGGCUUUCUUGCGUCCAGCUGGAUUCAGCCAGCGAGCUUAGGACAGAACGACGAGAUCACAGAGUGUCUCAUUCAAGAUUCCGGUCCAGCAAGUCGACAGAAGAGCAUAGAUGCGCUACAGAAGGAACUCAAUUUGUCGGGUUCGUCGGAUCCGACUAUGGCCCCAAGUCUCGGCGAGGAUGACGAGGAGAUGUGGAACAACGGCGCAAUUGCCAAUUUGCAAAGGUCAGCUUCGGCAGCACAACAGCAAUCGAAUCCGGCAUGGACAGGCGUGAGCCGGAGUGACGAGACUCCAGAUCAGACAUUUGGUAGACCGUCUCAGGAGCCAAGUCAGCCGACCCAUCAGAGCAGCGGAGACAAUCGGCCAGGUCACGAAGAUUCUCGCCCUUCGCACUCGCACUCGGAUACCACGUCAAGUCGUGACACGGAUCGCUCGCACAAUGCCGCCUAUGGCGUAGGCGAAGCAGGAGGCGACGAGCAGUUUGCGGUCCUCACUAGAACACUCACACCAGACCAACGACGACAGCAGGAAGAGCUCGGCCGCAUGAGCCAACAACGCAACAGCCUCACUUUUCCAACAUCUACAUAUACCCCAUUACCCUCCCAACUCGCCGCAACCUCACCAGGUCAGGCGAAUCAACGAGCAUCUCGUCAGUCGAACGCAACCAUCAUGGCUACCUCUAUCACAGCAGGUUUAACCUCCCUCGCAUCCUCUUCCACGCCAAGGCACGAUGCAAGACUGAGCCGACAAACACAGGGAACUUCAUCUUCGAGCGCAGCUCGACCAUUGUCGACCGCAGAGCAGCAGAACUUUCAUUCUACGCACGGGACACUAUUGUUCGUCGGCGAAACUGCUGAUUCGGAUUCGCAGGAUUCGCUCGAUUUGCUCUAUAACCCGAAUUCGCCUCCCAUGGCUCAAGGAAUGACUCCAACACGAUCCGCUUCUGUUCGGGUCAAGACGCCAAUGUUCGGCAAUACGCUUGCCGAUCUCCCACCUGACCAGAGGGCUUCCAUGGUGGGCGCGCUGCACGACGAGAGCCCACCGUUCCCCUCACAAGGUUCGAUACAUGGUGGGGUUGUCAACCUUAAUCCUCUGCCCAAAUCUCAGUCGGGACUGCAACAACAGUCUGCGUUGUAUGAUUCGGCUGUUCAGCAGCAAGAUCAGGCCGGUCAGCAACAGUACGCUGCCGCACAACCGCGGUCACAAACACGAUCUCAGACACAGACCUACAUUCAGAUGCAGCAGCUACAGCCGGAUGCACAACAGCAGUAUGAGCAGACUCGCGGAUACUAUGCGCAGCCAGGAGACCAGACAGCGAACGUCGAUCAUGGCUUUGUCGAUGACAACAACCAUGCUACAGGCAAUAUGGAAGGUGGCGCCCGCACACCUCAUCUUCCCAACCUGGGCGACAUGUACGCUGUGGCACCAAAGUUUCCCGCAGCUCCUUAUGGCAAGUUUCGCGACGUGCGUUUGUCUUCACCUCUUGCCAGGGUUCAUCACACCAUCCUUCCGCUUCUCACAUAUGCUCACAUCCCAGCCACGCUCUUCCUCGACUACAACGUCAUCUUUGCUCUCGUGCAGAUCGCGCUUCAUCCCGAUAGCACACAAUCCGGGUUUAGAGCUGCGUGGUGGAUUGCUACCGGCGUCUAUGGUGGCUGCGUGCUUAUCUGGCUCGUUGGAGUAGUCAUCUUAUACGAAUGGCUAUGGAGUUAUAGACGACGAUGGACGGUUUCACAGCCGCUCGUGAUGCCCAUCUACCUUUCCACUCCUGCAUUUGUACGGACUGCGAUCACGGACUACUCGCUCUACAGCUUGCUCUAUCGCGCUCGCAGCAGCGGCGAUCGUAGGGAUGCGCUAAUCGAGUCCUUUUGGUACUACUCGCAGAAUUGGCCAACCGUGUUGACCCUUCUUCCACGCGGUGUCAUCUCCGUGAUCCUGUUGGUGCUUUACAAGCCUUCCGGUCCGACGCUUACCACACAAAGUCAACGAGAUAUCGUCUACUUUGACAGAACCACGCAACGGCUCACACAAUUUGCGUUCAUCUUAAUCAUAAUCCAGGCUGCUUGGGCUGCUUGGAAGCUCGCAGUCUUGCUUCUGGCCUACAUCGGUCUCGCUGCCACGCUUGGAUUCAAGAGCCUCAUUCAGCAAGAGCAGGUUCGAAACGCAGUGGCGGAUACAGAGAUGACCAGCUUUGCAGGGCACAGUCGACGUGGUCUCGUAGCAAAACAAUAUCCUUCGCAACCAGGAGGCGGACAGGUCUGGAUGCAAGAUGGAGAGGCCAUUCAGCAGCAACCAGCGAGUCACAGGAGAUGGGCUUGGAGGUGGAGAGCUGAGGACCGGAUCAGGACGAUUCUGUUUGAUGCUGGCGUGCUGCAUCAGUCGGUUCCCACACAGGUCUGGCAUCAACAGCAUGAACAUGAACAUCUUGCUGCUCAUGGAGGGGAGCUUGCUGGAGACAGAACAAUGAAUUCGAUUCAGGCUCCACUUGCAGCCUACGCGCAACCACAGGGCGGGGCGGAUUACGGACAGCAGGGUCAGCAGCCUCGCGACUGGUUCGGACCGAGCCUCAACUUCUCUGAGUCGCAGACAGGAUUGGCGAUCACUGCGCCCGAAGCCGUGCAGCCUGAAGAGUGGGCUAAUUUGCCGGAUCUGGGUACAAAUGCUGGAGUGAUGACAGCGAUGCCGUUGGGUCCUGCUUCUCAAGCAUUCCAUGUUCAGCACGACGCUUCAUCACCAUCGGAUGAUGGGAAUAACAGCGACACCAGUGAUCCUUACUCUCCUGCUCCUUUGCCGAUUGGACGCAGCCCCAGGUCGAAGGAACAACUGCGUGACGCUUCUUCCAUCUCGUCUCGCAACGACAGGGCCAGCAUGCGCGCUUCGAGCAUCUCCUCGCUCAACCGACUCGCUGCGCUGAAUGCAGCAUCAACUGCUAAUCGCAGCUCGCCAACAGCAGUCGAGGGUGCUGCUACACCAGCGUCUGACGAGCAAGGCAGUACUAUCGACUUCCCUCCCACCAACGCAGCCCCGAUCGUAAAAGCAAACGGCCGUCCGGCCAGGGCUCCACCGACUGGUGCUGAUCCGCCUGCGCAGUCAGCUAACGGUACACCUCUGCUCAAUGAGUGGCGCGGACGCAAGCGUCCACGAAGCUCACCCGUGCUCGCCUACUUCCCCGGCCUCAACCCUGGUGGAAUGGUCACCGAGACCCAAGACUGGAUCCAACAUCAGAUGGACGAGGAAGAUGACCAAGAUGACAACCGUCCCGACCAGCGACGCAAUCCAGCUGAGCUGCCCAAGAAGCCCGUCGGUGCAUUCGACAACGACCGUCGCGUGAUGCACACUUUCGUGCCCAUGCCUUCGUCGUUUGCCAUGUCGAAGGACUUGUCUCUGGCUGGCUCGCCUGAUCAAGGUGGCAGCGAUACGAAGCACGGCUCGUGGACAGCUGCUGCUCCUAAUCCGGAGAUGUUUGCUGUCAAGCCAGCAGCUGCAGGGGGCCCCGCUUCAACACCUCCACUCCGACAGCAAGUAGAUGCACCCAACACAUCGACUACUUCGCUUGGAUCGUCCGUCAAAGGCCGCCGAUCAGGCACCUACUCCCGACCUCGAUCUCCCGGACAUGGUCACGAAGCCUCUUCGGAAGAUGGUAUCAGCUUCGACGGCGGUGAAGGGAACAAGAAGUGGGGAAGAAACUCUCUGCUAGGCAAGAUGACCACGUAUUCUUCCUCAGAGAGUAGCAGAAGGAGCGGCAGUGGAGGUCGACCUGAAGGCGAGUCUUGGCUCAGCUCUCUCUUUUCUCGAAAGGUCUCCGCCGGUGCCGCUGGAUCCUCUUCGCCUCAAGUGGAAACCUCACCAGCGAUGCAGCCUUCUACUUCCACGCCCCGGUCUGAGUCAGGGCCUGAGAUGGACGCUGUCCCCACAUUGAUCAGCACAUCAGCCUCCACCAGUCUGCCCACAGCUGACAGUGGAGGUGUGCAACAGCACGAAGCUCAGCCUGCUACUUCAUCGCAGGAGCCGGUAUCUGGAUCCUUGCUUCUGGCUCCCAUCGGUGACCGUUCCCCAUCUCCUGUCAAGUCUAACGCUUCCGGUAACACGGACGACUCGGAAGAAGGUCGACUCUGGGCUUCUUUCCCCAACCAAUCUCGACGUCAUCCUCCCGGCCUCAUAGCUCUUGAUAUCGAACAGCGCACCAUCGCUGAACGCCGACUUGCAGCAGCAGCGAACGAAAACAACGCUGCCAUGCAGCAGCACCGUCUUCUCUACGGUCCCACCUCUUCUGGCCCUGUUGCCGCUGCGCAGUCCUUGGCCGGAACCGGCAUUAAUCUUUCGCCAUUGGUGCAUCCCAAUGUGCUUGCAGCUAUCUCAGGUGGAGUGCCAGGAGUGGCGCAAUUGAUUGUCAGCCCGUCAGAAGGUGGCUUACAUGCAAUUCGAGAGGAGAGUUGGAGUUCGAGUCUAGAUUCGAGAUCACAAGGAGCGACGGGAAGCACAAGGAGUAAAGGCACUGCUUCGGCUGUCACAGCUUCACCCGUGGAUGCUGAUUUCCCACUGGAACAGAUCGAGGAAGCCGCAACACCGCAUCCACUCGGAACCAGAGGUAGCAGUGGCCGCUUGAGAAGAGGCUCGAGUUAG